AUGACGCCACGCACUGACGAGGGUGGUGGUGUCCUGAUGCAGCUUGAAGAUCAACAGGACUUUGUGUUGGUUGGUCGAUUCUCCAUGGCUUGCCGGCGUGCCAUUAUGCAGUAUGAUAUGUUGCUGCUCGGCCAGGGUGUCGGGGGCGUUCGUUUUCUAUCAAGAUCGAGAGAGGGAACGGCGAAGGCUUCUGCACCACAUGAACGAGUGCGAUCGGUUCCAUCAGCCCUGUGGGAAACCUUACGAUGGCUGGUCGAUUGGAAGCAACGCAAGCUCUCCAUCAUGGUGAUGCGACCACCAGCAUUCGGCGCUACGUUUUGCCAGACGCCGAAGGACAAGGGCAAAGAUAAGAUAAACGAGGUGUCUCCGUCACCUCCCGAGACACACUCUGGCCUCCAUUCGAGAGUUCAAGCACCUUUGGGAUGCGGGAGGCGUGUUGCUAUCAAGUGCACCUGGGAUAGACAGCAGGGAGCAAUGCAAUAA